AUGAACCUCUUUGAAUCAACAACAGCAACAACAGCAAUCAUGACCAACUACAUCACUACCUUUGUCAAUCAAGAAAGCUUGAAAAGCAUCAGCUUUCCCAAGUUACCUCGAAUGAGUGCCAUCACUCAACAACAAGAACAACUAGUUCAAGAAACUAUUAUUACCGGUUUGGUUUGUGCAGUCGCAAUUGUGUUACUUCGGUACAUGGUACUCGACACUUACCGAACCUAUCAGAGACUUUGCAGGCAAUGGAACAGACGACAGCCUCCUGUUUCCAUCCUUCGUCGUCCAGAAGGGUCGUCUCGCAAGAAAAACCGAAGUUGGUUGGGUGUGUUCACCAGAAAAGCAAACCAUGUCCGUUUCGCCAAAAUCUUUCGUCGAACCUUUGUCCCAAACAAGCAAGAGCUACAAUCUCGCAGGGAAUGCUGGGGUCUGAUUCAAUGGCGCAUCCAACUUCGCGACGAAGUGAUUCCAGAGAUAGAGAACACAGUGAGAUUCGUUCCACAUACUCCUGUGUCCAUUCUUCGUCCUUCAAGAAAAGAUUGGGGAUCACCCAGACCAACCUCUUCAAACCGAGUCGAAUUUGCCCCUAAGACUCGAAGGAGAAACUUUAUUCCCGACGAGCAAGAUCUUCAGUCCCGAAGGCAGCUAAUUCGUCAAAUUGACCACAAGGUCAAGAGACGGAAUGCCCGACGCUGGAAGAUCGAUUUCAAACCUACAGUGCUUGCCACCAUUAUCGAAGAUCCAGCAGAAGAAGAUUUGAGUGACAUUGACUCGUCUUUGGAUACUGGAUUUAUUGAUGGUGAAGUCGACUCUGAAAUCAUUGCAAUUGCGCUCGAGAAUCACCGACAAAUGCUUCCAACGGUCCUACAUGACAUGCUCUCCAAUAUUCCCGUGCCAAUGGAUUUGGAUGACGACGACAACGAGCCCUGCAUGGAAGAACAAGCACCAUUGUCACUCAAGCGAACCGCAACUUGCUGCCUUAUUUCGUCCAGACCCACCAAGCGUCGCAAAAUGAAUUCAUCAUCUACGGUUCCAACUUGCGCUGCAACAUGGGCCAAACGAACCAACGAACUCUUCACUCCUUUGCUACCUGUCAUUAUCGAAGUUCCAGAAGAAGACGGCGACGAGAGCCACAUUGACUCGUCGUUGGAUGCUGGAUUCAACGGUAUCAUCGCCGAUGUACGAUCGACUUGUCUUGCCAAGGCUGACGCUAUUUGGGUCAAGAAGGCCGAGGAGAUCUUGGGCGAGAAGGCAAAUUUGAACAAGAUGACCAAGGCCGAGAGAGCCAAGUGGGCAAACAAGGCAAGGGCGAGAAGAAGCAAGGGCCAGAAGGAGAAAAUGUCUGAAAAGGAGAUCGAUUUUGAACCAACCCUUCUUGUCAUUAUCGAAGAUCCAAAGGAGGAGGAAGAAGAAGAAGUCGACGACGUGAACGAAAAGAAGGAAUUCAAACCUUCCCUUCAUGUCAAUAUCGAAGAUCCAGAGGGAGAAGACUUGAGUACCAUUGACGAGUCGCCUUUUGAUGCUGGAUUGAUUAAUGACGACUUCGAUUCUUUGGAGCAGGAUGGUAGCGAUGGCGAGAUUUUUGCAGCACCAACCGAGCAAUCUGACAACGCAGCUACUAAUGAUAUUCCUUCUGAUGGAAUGGGAUCUGGAUGGACCGAAUCUGGAAAGCGCUACAGCCGACGGCUACAGCUCAAGCUUUCGCUAGAGAAGAAGGAUCCUUCUACUGAAGCUUUGGGAUCUGGCAUGACGGAAAAAGGACGACGAUACAGUCGCCGAGUGGUAAAUCGAGGAAAAGGUGCCAAUUAA